AUGACAAUCCAGGCUCUUUCUGCCAAAGAUGCAGCGUCUCUUGACAAAGAUCUCAUGGACGUCAACGUUGGCGGAUGGUCUCUCGACCAGCUCAUGGAGCUGGCGGGUCUUUCAGUCUCACAAGCAGUGUGGAGAAUGCACCCUUUGAGUCAGGGAAAGAGAGUCCUGGUCGUAUGUGGACCAGGAAACAACGGCGGAGACGGUCUCGUGGCAGCUCGACACCUCAAGCACUAUGGCUAUGAGCCCACCAUUUACUACCCCAAAGAAGGGAAGAACGAGCUGUACCAGCGGCUCAAAACCCAACUUCAGAAUCUGUCAGUACCGUUCACAGAUGAUCUAACCUCGGGGUUGUCCCAAUCCGACCUAUUGAUUGACGCCAUCUUCGGGUUCUCAUUUGGUGGACCCUUACGCGAUCCUUUCGGAUCGAUCAUCUCGCAGAUCGAGAAUGCGAAGAUUCCGGUCCUCAGCGUAGACGCUCCCAGCUCUUGGGACAUCAAUUCCGGACCUCCUUCGUCUGGACCUGGCGCAAAAUUCAUGCCACAGGCGUUGAUUAGUCUGACUGCACCCAAGCCUUGCGUGAAAUACUAUCAAGGCAGACACUUUAUCGGUGGCCGAUUCCUGACAACGUCCAUCGCUGAGAAGUAUGGCUUGGUGUGCCCUGACUAUCAAGGUAUCGACCAGGUGGUCGAGGUCUUCAAGGACGGGGACGGCGAGUUCCGAUAUGCCCCUAAAGAGGAGUCGAAAUAUUGA